AGAUGCAAACGAGCAAGAAGCAUGUGGGAGAGAUAAAAGCGGCCGGACCUCGACACUGAGUAUUUAAACACAGUCGCCGAUAAAAACGAACUGAACCGCUUGUGUUGCUUGCCCCCCGCUAUUUUUGUCAGGACCAUGGAGAAUUCCCGACUGUGGCUGAAAGCAGUGGUAGGCUUGGUGCUGCUGUCCAUCACCUCUGGUGCCGAAACGAACGACUCGGUCGAUUUGGAGACGAGAGCGCUGACUGAUUUUUAUCGCAAAGAUCCAAACCUCACAAACGAAAAACAACUUCUGGGAGCUUUGCAAGAAGUCCUGGAAAAACUUCAGAGUAAAAGAGUCCCUGCAUGGGAGAAGAAAUUCGGACAAGUUCCUACGUGCGAUGUAAGAGAGCAAUGCGCUGUUAGAAAAGGAGCGCGGAUCGGCAAGCUGUGUGACUGUCCGCGCGGGGCUAUUUGCAAUUUCUUUCUGUUGAAGUGCUUGUGAAGAACAGGAAUCAAAAUGAAAGUCUGUAGCAAAUAAACACACGCACACACACACACACACACACACACACACACACACACACACACAUAUAUAUAUAUAU